GCUCGGGGCGGAGAGACGGACCCUGCGUAGCUGGCCGCCGGGUCUGUGGGACCCUCACCGCGCCGCCCGGUGUGGGGCCGGGGCCUACGAGCCAUGCUGUCCUCUCCGGCCGUGGUGCUCCACCCGUACAGCCUGCCCGUUUACCCGCAGGUGCCCCAGUGCUACCCGGGCCUGGUUCAGCAGGGUAGCCAGGAUGCCGCUGCCCCCGCCGACCCCAUGACUCAGACGUACCCCGCCCCGUACCCCCCGGCCCCGGCCCGGCUGCCCCCGCCCUUCCGCCCGCCCGGCGCCCUGCAGGACUACCCGCCGCAGACCCCCGCCGAGCACGGUCUGUGUCUCUACCCGGCUGGCCAGCCCCACCCGGAGCACGCCGCCCCGCCGGAGCCCCUGGUGCCAGCCCUGCCUCCUCCCCCUGCGCCAGCCGAGGAGAGUCCCGCGGCCGCUCUCACCCCAGAUGGUCAGGAGGCAGAGAGUGAAGACAGCAAAUCCCAGCCCAAGCGGUUACACGUCUCCAACAUCCCCUUCCGCUUCCGUGACCCCGACCUGCGGCAGAUGUUUGGGCAAUUCGGGAAGAUCCUAGAUGUGGAAAUCAUCUUCAAUGAACGCGGCUCCAAGGGUUUUGGCUUCGUGACCUUCGACAGCAGCCAGGAUGCGGACCAGGCGCGAGAGAAGCUGAACAGCACCGUUGUGGAGGGCAGGAAAAUUGAGGUGAACAACGCCACGGCCCGUGUGGUCACCAAGAAGCCUCCGGCAGCGCCUGCGGUGAACGGUUGGAAGAUCAACCCCUUGGUUGGCACUGUCUACACCCCCGACCUCUACACAGUGGCCACCAUCCCCUACCCGAUGGUGGCCCCGGCGGCGCUGGCCUAUCGCGGGGGCCUGCGGGGCCGUGGCCGAGCCAUCUACAGCCCGAUCCGGGCAGCUCCUGCCCCGUCGCCCGUCCCUGCCUACGGGAGUGUGGUGUACCCAGAAGGGCUGUACGGCACCGAUGUCUAUGGCUAUGCAGCUUACCGUGUGGCACAACCCCCUGGGGCGGCGGCAACGGCAACGGCAUACACCGACGGGUACGGCCGGAUCUACACCACGGCAGAUCCUUACCACCACGCCGUCACUCCAGCCUAUGGUGUCGGGGCCAUGGCCAGCCUGUACCGCGGAGGGUACAACCGCUUCACGCCGUACUGAGGAACCGAGGGCCGGCGGCCGUGAUGGGAAGGGGCCUGGGCAGUGGGCUCUGAGAUCUCGGUGUGGAUAGCGACGGGCACGUUCCAUCGAGUCCCCUGCUCCCAACACAGAGUGUCCCGGAUGGGUCGGGACUCCCAGUCCUAGCACCCCAGACCCGUUACCCAGAAUCCCCUGCGGGGGACCCCAAGUGGCACCAGCACCGUGUUAUCCAGAAUCUGCUGGGGGGGCCCCCCGCCUGGUCCCAGCGUCCUGUUACCCAGAAUCUCCCCGGGGAACUCUACCCGGCCCCAGUGUCCUGUUACCCCAGAUCCUGCCUGGCUC